AUGGGCCACACAUUCCAGGCCAAGGGUAGUAAGGCUGGCAUUGCGGCUCAGCUUCUCAACUACACUGUGGUCUGGGCCAUGCUUGAUUUGUUGCUCAACUGUCGCCAGGCACCCAUUUUGGCCCCCAGAAGCAAUGCACAAUGUAACGUCUGCGGAAACUGUGUCCUGCGGGGAGUGGCGUUCUCGGCAAACUUUAGAUAUCACGCCCUAGCUGUCAUAGGGCAUGGAGCAAGCGGAUCUUGUCGCAUUGGUAGCGAAAUACGCCGGUCCCAAAAGUUGGAGACUGCAGUCAAAUGCCAAUGCAUUGGAUUUCAAAGCAAGUUUGCGCCCCAGACAGGCCAGGCACUAAAGGUAGCGGCUCCGCAAGUCAAAUUGUAG